AUUAUUGUAUGGUUAUUUGGGGAAGUAAACCAUAUAUAUUACAAACAAGUUAAAAUACUGAAGCUCUGUUUUUUUUUACAGUGGAAACUUGUUUGUGACAAUGACUGGAAAGCACCACUAACUGUCUCCUUAUUGUUUGUGGGUGUGCUUUUGGGAUCCUUUAUAUCUGGACAGCUCUCAGACAGAUUUGGUCGGAAGAACGUGCUGUUUCUAACCAUGGGGAUCCAGACUGGCUUUAGCUUUCUCCAGGUGUUCUCAACAAGCUGGGAAAUGUUUUCUGUUCUCUUUCUCAUUGUUGGAAUGGGUCAGAUAUCUAAUUAUGUGGCAGCGUUUGUUCUUGGUGCAGAAAUUCUUGGCAAAUCCAUCCGCAUUAUAUACGGCACGUUAGGUGUCUGCAUAUUUUAUGCAUUUGGCUACAUGCUGCUGCCAGUGGGUGCUUAUUUCAUUCGAGAAUGGCGGUUGCUGCUAAUGGCUCUUACUAUUCCUGGGCUGCUAUAUUUUCCACUCUGGUGGUUCAUUCCAGAAUCUCCUCGCUGGUUACUCUCUCAAGGAAGGAUUCAAGAAGCAGAAGAUAUCAUUCGUAAAGCUGCAGAAAAGAACCAUGUUGUAGCCCCCGAAGUAAUAUUUGAUCUUGCUGAGCUGCAAGAUUUGAAUUCCCAAGUUCAGCAGUCAUGCAGCAUUUUGGACCUAGUGAGAACCAAAAAUAUACGAACAGUCACUAUCAUGUGUGUGAUUCUAUGGAUGGUGAUUUCCAUAGGCUACUUCGGCCUCUCUCUGGACACCCCUAACUUGCAUGGAGACAUCUACCUCAAUUGCUUCCUUUCAGCAGUAAUUGAAAUCCCAGCUUAUACUGUCUCUUGGCUGCUCCUUCAGAAUCUGCCCCGGCGUUAUUCAAUGGCAGGAGUCUUGUUCUUAGGAGGCUGUGUUCUUCUUUUCAUUCAGUUGGUGCCUGCACACCUCAGUGUUCUGUCCAUUAUCCUCGUGAUGAUUGGAAAAUUUGGGAUCACAGCCUCCUUCUCAAUGGUUUAUGUGUACACUGCUGAGCUCUACCCAACUGUUGUGAGAAACAUGGGAGUUGGAGCCAGUUCAAUGGCCUCCAGAAUUGGCAGCAUCCUCUCACCUUAUUUUGUGUAUCUUGGUGCCUAUGAUAGAUUUCUUCCCUACAUUUUAAUGGGAAGCUUGACAGUGCUUUCAGGAAUCCUGACCCUGUUUCUUCCGGAAAGUUAUGGCACUCCUCUCCCAGAGACUAUUGAACAGAUGUUAAGAGUUAAAGGAAUUAAAAAUAGAAAAACACUUAAAAAUCAAAGUAGAACAAAGAAUACAGAAGAGAAUUCAGUUAUUCUAAAGACCACAACAUUCUGAUGAAGCUGUAUUGCUCACAACAUUAUACACUGAAAAGUAGUUAAACGUUUCCUUUAAUUUGCUUCCAGAAAGGACUAAACUAAAUACCUCUUCCUGUGGUGGUAAAUAUAUUUAUUAAAAAUACAUUCGUUUUUGAGAAUGUAGAUGCUAUAUGUCCCAGUAUGGGAUUUCUGCCAGCAACUGCUUCAUGGAACAGUGUUGGGUAUGGGAUUUUGUUCACUUUUAGGACAAUUAAUAGCCAUCCUUUUUGUAAGAUCACAUUUUUAAAAGAUGCUCGAAGAUGCAAGUUAAAUGACUGAUGUCACUUUCCCCAUGCAUAGUGGCAGAAGAUUAAACAUGUAAUAGAGUGUGGAUAUUGUCACAUGUUAUCACCCAGCUUGAGAUUCCACACCUGUUUUCUCAAGAGAAAAAUAAGCUUGAAAUGAUACAGGGACAACUGGCUAAGUAGACCUAAAAUAAUUAUUAUGCAAAUUAUUGAAUGCAAUAAAAGGAGAAGAAAUGGAUGCUGAUUUUUUUUUUCAUGAACACAUUUGGCUUAGAUAUGGAUAGACAGUGGUCUAAUGCAAAACACUGGCAAAUUAGUUUUGUUUGUAGAACUAUUUUCUUUACUGUAGAUUUAAAUGAUAGUCACUAGAUAACAGUUGUUUACAUCUGGGAAUAAUGUUUUGCCUUAUUUAGACAUAUAUUUAUUUUUUAUCGAACAGUAAGAUUAGGUUGCAUUUGUAACUCUUCUUUUUCCUUUUACUGUUAAUUGAAUUUACUCUAAUGCCAAAAGACUGGAAACAAAUGCUCAUCUGUAUUUCUGAAUUUUUUAUUUUUGUUCCGUCUCUGCCUAAAAUAGAUGAUAAUAAAGGUAAUAAAGGUAUUUUAUAAUACAGAAUGUGUUCUCUUAAUGGGAAUGUACUGAUCUGGGUCCUUCAACUUGCCUAAAGAUCUAAUUGUUGCCCUUUGACUAAGCACAGAAUUAAUUAUUUGAAUGAGUAUCAUGGCAUUUGUAAACAAGUCUGUUGUCUACACAGUUGUGUCAAAUCUACUAAGAAACAUUACCCAUAGAUUCUGGGAGUUACCUAAAUUGCAUCUAUAUACAUUUCUUUAAAUCAGGACUCUGAUUUGCACAUUUAUUAUAUAAGUAAAAUAAUUAAAUGAUUUUUGCGAUGCAUAGUAUAAUGCAUUUUACACAGGUCAAUAAAUCUGAUAUAAUAUC